AUGAUAAACCUCCCGGCGGUGGUCAAGGUCAUACUGGCCGCCAUCAACAAGGAACGUCUGUGGACAAACUUUGUCCCCUCCAAGAGCGGUCAGGACCAGGCAUAUCUUGACGAGAUCGAGUCCCUCCUCAGGAAGCACCUGGAUCCUUCCAAUAAGGAUUGGGUCAUUGAGGUGAUUGAUCUGGGAGGUGAUGGUAGCAAGCGCCCAUCCAAGAUUGUCUCUGUCGCCAUCUGGGAUAUGUCUGCAUCUAAAGAGGGAGAUAAGAAGGAAGAUCAAGUCAAGACCGCGGUCAGCGACUCCCGUCUCAACGCCUACGCAGAGGUGGUGGACAAGGCUCGUCGCGAAUUCUUCAACCGCUACCAGACCUACACGUACCUCCAGCUCCUCGCCACCCACCCAGAUUAUCAGAACAAGGGUUACGCAAAGGACCUGGUUCACUCGUACAUCACCCGCGCCAGGCAGCAGGUGGGCGGGGAUGUCCUCACUGCCCUCGGCGGCCCGUUCGGCUACAUCUUCUUCAGCGGCAUCAACUUUAACGAUCUGGGCCCCGUCAGCUUACCCCCCAGCAGCGCCAGCGACGCUCAGAUCAUAAAGGCCAUGUCUCUCGUCGUCCCGAAGGAGGAGAGGAAGAGAUCUAUUGUCGACUCGGUCAUAAACUAUAUUUCGAGCUGA